AUGGCUUCCGGAGGGGGGAAAAGCACUGUUUUUCCUCGUGGAGCAGCAGUUGAGUGCUGGGCUGUGGCAGAGAUCAGUGGCAGCUGUGAAGAACAACGAGAGACGAGGAGGCAGAGGAGAAUCCUAGAGACCCCGAGGUACCAGAGACGUAGAGAAGUUAUGCGGCCCAGGUCUAGACUACUGGCAAAGCGCGGCCUGCCAACCAUCCGUGAGGGUUCGGAGGAGCUCGUGCAUGACCUGAACCAGACCAACAGCCAGCACAGCAGUGCACAGGACUACUUCCACUCCAUCUGUCAGUUGGCUCGGCCUACUUUCCCCUUGCACGAGCCAGACCGUGACAUCCUGUCCAUCGGCAAACUGGACUCUCCAAAGCUAUGUUUGCGCCCGCACCGUUUGCGCCAGCUUGCGCAACCCCUAACCUGCCCCAUUGACACCUCAACAAAUCAGUCACCCAAGCUGGAAACACUGGGGCCUUCUUCCUUAGUGCUAGAGCAAGCCCAAGGCUCAGAGCAGGACUGCCCAACUUCCACCGACCCCCUGGAGUAUCUCUACGGCUACAGAGACGCAGAAGCUUCCAGUUCCUCCUCCAGAAGGGGCAGUAUUCCCCUUCGCAGGGCACGCAGCGUGCCUUGCCCUAGUCUUGAAGUCCGGAACAAAAGCACUUGCCCUGAUUUGCGUCUACCAGAGUCUGUUCCCUCUCCUGUCGUGCCACAGCGCUCACCGCUCAGCAGAAAGAAGCUAGAUGGCGGCAAGGUUGACGGAGCCCAUUGUGGAUGCAGGGCAAAAAGCAGUCGGAGCAUAGAUAAACAAACGAUCGUGUCGCACUGGAUCUCCGAGUGCCGGAGUGCAUGGAGGGAAGCCCGUAUCCGUGCCUGCAUGCUGCCUGCCAUCGCCGAGAAGUAACGCCUCUCUAUUUAACGCUAGCUCUAUAUCCAUUCGUUGGUGAACUUAUCAAACAUUUAUCAGUAUCACAGCUAGAGGAAUGAUGGGACUUCACAGUUUCAGGUUUAAAUACCUAACCAUUUUUAGGUGUAAACUAAACAAAAGUGACCCUAUAGAUGGUGACGUGUUAAUGCCACACCACAGUGUAGAGUUACGCUAAAUGUCAGUGAUUAAACUGGUCAGUGUCAGUCCAGUCAUGUCCAGUUGUGAUCAAUAACUGUAUUGAUUGUUGGAAGACAUUAAAAUUGUUUGGUAAUUUGAAAAUGUAAAAAAAAAAAAAAAAAAACACAAAAAAACGACAAACUGCAGUACUAUAAUAGAAUGCUCUGUACCUACAUUUUAGAUUGUAGAAAAUGUUCCAAUGUCAAGACAAUGCACAAAAAGCUAUCACUGUGUGUUUAUUAUAUGAUUGCAUUUUUUGAGUAUCCUGUUUGCGUAAAUGGCAGCUAAGGCAAAGCAUCGUCAUCGUCAGUAUCCGUGACAAAAACGACACCCCGAGAUAGAUACUAAUGUAUUCUGAACCAGGGAACUAAUAUAAAAAUGCUGUUUUUGUCCCCGAUUCAUAUUCACCCUUGUGUAUCUGGAAGAUCCAUACAUACAUCAAUCAGACAAUCUGUGGAUGAAUAUAUUUAUGAUUUAUUUACGAGAUAUUCCCAAAGAGAUCCGAUUUUGCCUAGUUUGCCCAUUUUGGCAAAAAAUCCAUCUGCUGAAAUAGUCCCAACAACCAAAUGAAAGGGGUUAUAUUUUCAUUUAAUGCUUACCCAAAGCUUGUGGUAUCACACAAGCAAUAACUCGCUUCCAUUCUGCUACAUACAGCUGUUGUGUAACAUGUUUGUGAACAUUAAUAAUUGGCCCACGCUGAUAUGUGAGGUCGGUCCGAAUUCAUUCUGAUAUCAUGAACACGACAGUCUUAUAUCCUAUGUCCUUAUAAGGAUAUAAUUAAUCACUUAUUAAUGCCCCAAAUCUUUAUGUCCCAUAAUGUCUUUUUCACCCGUUUUUCUAUGUCAUUAUGCUCACUUGGAUAUAUCUAAGGCACGUGUGUGUUAAAGUAUAUCAGAAAAUAUACCACACUUUUAAUUCAUCCCCCCUCAAUUCUCUUUUGGAAUCAGAAGCAUUUACAUCAAGAAAAGCCAAUUAAAAAAAGAAAAAUCCAAUUAAGCGCUGUACUGUUAUCCUGAUAUGACUGUUCUUGCACAUAAACCCUUGGGGAAAAAAAAACAAGGUUCCAAAACUGAUUAAGCGUUCCUGUAAUUGUAGGUAAUUUAACUGUUAAAUUAUGAAUCAGAGAAAAAAAAUUGUUGCAUGGAUUUUGUAAAUGAUAAAUGAUUUUCUAUUUAUGCGUUCCAAAUGCUGUAAAUUAUUAUUAUUAUUAUUAUUAUUAUUAUUAUUAUUAUUAUUAUUAUUAUUAUUAUUAUUAUUAUGAAUGCCACUCCUUUUAAUAAAAACAACAAAUGGCAAAGUAGAAAAUGUUCUUUGUACGUCUUUGAAAUUGUGUUCAUUUUUUUCACUUUUUAAAUAAAAAGGUGUUUUAUGUCUCA